ACAUAUUAAGGUAUUGCGACGGUAAACGUGAGAUUGCGUUCAUCAAUCUGGCGAUUGGGAUCUACAUUUUAGGCGAACAAAUAUAAUAAUUUUAUUGUUUUUCAGCUUAUACUGCUUUGGUAUAGUGAGGAGGAGACCAAUUUCUUUCUUUUUCUGACGGCAUUAUAUCGUAGAUACCAAGUGAGGCAUGUUUAACUUCAGUAGUUCCGGUGGUCGUCGGCUGUGGACAGGUAUGAAAUGGGUCGUCUAUGCUGAGAUAGGGUUCUUUGGAGCUGCAUACUAUGUAUGGCACAGGAUGAACACUCAACAAGAUUUUAGGAAAUAUAUGCAUGAGAGUCAUCCCAAGGUUCUUGAAUUAUUCUACAAGGGGGCAGAAUUCGGAGGAUUUAAGGAUGCGCGGCAGCAGGACUAUGCAACUUGGGGCAUCAGUAGUAAACAAACUGUUGAUGAAGAUUUAUGAAACCUACUGAGGAUUAUUAAAGGACUAAUACUAGAUAGACUUAAAGUCUUCCAGGUUUACAUUUGAAUUGAGUAGCAGCAUCAGAUGAAAUUGAUCACAGAGGAUCUAUUAAUGUGUCUGCCGCCCUCUACAGUCUGAAGAGGGUAUUUCAUGUUGGCUCCAUCAGAAGUUCCACUUAGCAACACUCCUGAAGACUUGUUGUUAUUAUUUGUUCAAUGUCUCCAUACUUGCAUGUCAAUUUGCCUGUGGCAAGUGAUCUGGGGUGUGUUUUGUUUACAAAUUUGCUCUGAGCCAAUCAGAUUCAAUGAUUUUGGUAGCUUAUAACAAUUAUCAGUGACAAUCACUGACUAUUGUUUCAUGUAAUGCUCCCCAGGGCCAGGUAUUUGAACAGUAUAUGUAUAAUUAUUUUACAUAGGAAAUGAUGACAAACUUGUAAAUAUACGAUAUUUAUACAAAAUGUAUCUGAUCUCUGUAUUGAGGAAUAUAUUAUAUUAACAAUUUCAAAUGCAUUCAAAUUUCUGGAGCUCCCGGGCCCGGUUUCAUAGAGACUAGCAACUAUGGUAACUUUGCCAUUAUUCUUACUUCCGUCAUCCGUUGAAAACUUGAUUUUGAUCUGCUAUUGAGCCCUGUUACCAUGGUAGCUGCCAUAAUAGCAAAGUUAUCAUAGUUAUAACUCUUUAUGUAACAGCCACAGAACAUCCUUAUCAGAAUGAUAAAGGAGUUUGAUAUGUUAACAAAGUUCACCCAUUCGUUACUGUUGACAUGAACAACAUAUUGUACUAAUCGACAAACAUGUUCUUUGAACUUCUUGAACAUAAUAGUGAAACAUGCAUGACAUGUAUGAUUAGUUCUCAAGGAACAAAGUCGGGUCAAUGAUAUAAUGCUAGUUUUAAAUUCAUAUUCAUCUGUUGCAUUAUGUUUGAUCAUGUCAUUCUUAUGGUGAUUAAAUCUUUUCCAGAACAAUUGAGAUAUCAGUCAAACGUCAAUAUAGUUUGCACAUUGUAUGUGUAGGUAUUGAUGAGAAUUACUAAUUGUUUUAUUGCACAACUGGGAUUUCCCUUAAAGAUGAAUAUAAAAUCAUGACAUCUAUAAAAAAAUAAAAUAAAAAAAGCAGUGGUGCCAGGGUACUAGUUAAGUUGCAAAAAAAUCCCUUUCCAUAACAAUUAGGAUAUCAGUUGAACAUCAUCAUGGGUUGCUUGUUUUACACGUGGGUAUUCACUUGAUAAGAACUACUGAUUGUUUUCUUCUGAAGGGGGAAUUUCUGUGAAAGAUAAAAUGUAAAAACUAUCAAAUCAGCUGCUUGGGGUACUUGUCAAGAUGACAGAACAAUUUAUCAAAUGAAUAUUUGGAGUUAACAGUACCAUGACAGGCAAGUGGGUUCUUUCUCAAACUCUUUUUUUCAUUUUCUUCCCCUCUCCCCCUCUCUGUCUCUCUCUUCACAACAUGUGUUUCUCUCUUUCUUUACUACUUUAAACAUAUAGGGGUGGUUGCUUGUCAGCCCUACCUGUAGAUAUGUUGCCCAUUUAUCAAGAUCCUUAUUUAAGUGGCAUGUCUUGCCUACCCUAACUCUAAGUGUAAUUUGUCCCUCACUUAAGUAUCUUUUAUUAAAUGCAUAAAAUUUUAAUAAAUCA